AUGAUCGAUAAUAUUGGAUCAUCAGCAGUGGCUAAAAUUAAUUUUAAAAACUUUCAAGAAGCGCUGCUGGAUGAUCCAAAAACGACUACUUUUGUUAUUGACGAUCACGUGCUCGCGGAUAUUCCAAAUAAAUCUCAGAUAAUUCAAAAAUUGGAUACCAUACGAACGAGGCAACUUGUUCAACGUUCCUUAUCAACUUUACCAGAUUUUUCAAUCGAAAAAGAUUCAACAGAUCGCUCAACACUACUUACUGUUAUUUUACCACGUUCUUCAACCGAUUUUGGCCAAUUUAUUGCCAAAGUUGUUGAUAUUUCACCAGUCAUAGAUUUAUCAGAACGUGAUAUCAACAGGACAUUUUUAGCGUCAUCAUCAGAUUUCAAGACAAUCAACAUUCAUGGCCUUCAUCCUGGUCAUCACUAUAGUGUAUCAGUGAUUGGUAGACGAAAAGAUCAAUCAGAAUUGAUUAAAGAAGAAAGAGUGAUAACAGAUCCAAUAGCACCAGAUUUUGCUUCACGUAAUGCAACUAUCGUUUCUUAUCACACCAAUAUUACUUUACGAGCAUUGAAACCUGCAAAAGCUUUACAGGAUAGCUAUCAAAUAUCUUAUGUACAACUUGAUCCGUUACGACAUUUUGCGAAACUUGAAGUAAAUGAUAUUCCGGAACAAAGAUAUAUAGAAAUUUAUCUUGGAAAUUUAAUGCCUGGACAAAAUUAUAAUGUUUCAAUUACGCCACAAAUAAAGAAUGUCGAAGGUCGACCAUGGAAUGGCAUCUUAACAACAAAACCGUAUUCUCCGGAAAAUUUAACAGUAACAGAACUCAAUACUACCUGUAUACGACUUUCGUGGUUUUUAACAACACGAACAGGUGCUGAUUCAAUUUUGAUCAAUUAUCGUCUUGAUAGGACCAGCACUCCGUUGAUUGAAGUGAUAGUACAAAGUAAUCAAACAUCAACUGAAAUAUGCAAUGGUCUACAACCUGGACGAACUUAUAUUUUCAUUGUAAGGACGAAAAAAAGCAAUGAAAUAUCGGAAGAUGUCAAGCUAUUACAUACAAUGAAACCUAAAAUACCGGAAAAUUUGAAAAUUUUAACGGAUUAUGAGAAACGAAAAUUCCGAUUAAUUAUGGACGUAGCAUCAGAAUCUGAAAGUCAUGUAGAAAAAUGUUUCGUUAGUUUAGUGGAUGAAAAGCUAGACGUCAUUGAGAGAAUAUCAAGUGUUGAAAAUUCCAAAACUAUCUCAGCUAUCAGACAAUGUUCGAUCUAUGUUGACUUACAUCCUGGUCAACGUUAUGAAGUUUCCGCAAAAACAAUUAGCGAAAAUGCAUCGAGUAAUAUCAUUUCUAAAAGUUUUGCUUUACAACCAGCUUUUGAUAUGGAAACUUUUGGAUUGCAACUAUUAGUAAAAUUGUUUUUUUUUUCGGAAUCCGAUGGUACUUUAAUGCUAAAAUGGCCUGUAGCCGAGAUGGCUCGGGCACGAUUGGAUGAUGUUUGGGAAAAUAUUGUUGGCUCUGAUAGUACGUUGCAUUUUCGUGUUGAUCCAUUGAGUAAAUCGAUUAGUGGCACAUGGCAAGAGCAAUCAAAACGUUUUGAACGUAAGCAAUACGAACGUGAUCCCUUAACUGUUCCCAAACUUCGACGUGGUGCUUGUUAUAAGGUACAAAUCUAUACUGUAACAAAAAGUGGUAUUGCUAGUGAGAAGAAAUUUGAAGAAUUUCUUCGAAUCAGUGCACCAAAAGUGAAUAUAACAGCAAAAGAAAUAGCAAAAAGUACCGCAUCAUUUCGAGCAGUUCUCGAAUCACCGGUUAUUUUCGAUCCACCGGAAUGUAGUUUGCAUAUUGUAGUGCUAGAUAUGCGUAAUAUGACUAUUUAUGAUCGCACUACACCUCUAACACCAGAAAUAUCACCUGUUGUUCUAGAAGGACUACGAUCUUAUCAUCGUUAUAUUAUAAAUUCUCGGAUUAUUUGUGGUAAAACAAAUGAUAAGAAUUGUUUGCCAAAACUUCGAACAAUGGAACCAGUCCUUUUUGAAACACGACAAGAUCGACCAGGACCAGUACGGAAUCUGAUGGUACGCAUAUUGAAUCCAUAUAGUGUGCAAUUAUUUUGGCUACCACCAUCUUUACCAAAUGGCAUUAUUACACAUUAUAUCAUUGGCAUACAUCCGAUGGAAAACGAUCAAGAAAGUGAUUGGUCAGUGAGUGUUGGUGUUGGAGCGCAUUCGUCACCAUUGUCCUUUUAUGACAGUAGUAAGAGUAACAAUAAACAACAAUCAAUUGAAGCAAUUGUGGAUAAUUUAAUUGGUGGAUUAAGAUAUCGGAUGGAUGUUCGAGCUGUUACCGAAGCUGGUGAAGGUGAUUUUAGUGCAGCAUCUGAUGCUGUAUACGCCGAAAUGCCUAUUUUACCUCCACCACAUCCUUCAUCACGCAUUGAAAUAAUUUACAAUACAAUUCAUAGUACCGAUUUGGGAAUACGAUAUAGCACAUCGAUGUUCAAUACAAAACAUGGAUAUCUUAAGAAAUCUGCGCUAAUUGUUGCUGAAGUUAGCAAUAACAAUGAAAAUACAAUUAAUCCCAUCACAGACAAUCACAAUAAAACAAUUACAUGGGGUCAAGCUCAAAAAUUCGAUUUAUGGCCAUCAUAUGUAGCAAUUGAAACAGUGAUCGAACCAUUGCGAAAAUUUUUUCCGCCGCAUUUUAUUUCUGAAAAAAAAGAAAAGAACUUACAGAUAAUAGGCGCAGAUGGUACAUGCGGUGAUAUCGAAGUUGAUACCAUUUGUAAUGGUCCACUUAAGCCAGCAACAUCAUAUCGUUUUAAAUUACGACUUUAUACAGCACCAAAUAUGUGGACUGACUCAGAAUAUUCCGAAAUUGCUACAACAAAAGCGUCACCGACAUUGUUUGCAUUUGGUAGUGUGGCAACAAUACUGCUGCUACUUCUUCUUCUUGGUAUUGCUUCAUUAAUUGCACUAUUCGCUUGGAAAAAGCGCAAGAAGUCUUGGUAA